AUUUUAUUUUGAGUAAAGCCGUCAAGCCGAGUAAAAUCCUUUGACAAUUACUUAAGUACCCCCAUCUUCUUCAUCUUGGAAACAACGAACCAGAAAACCCUCCCCAUCCGUCACUAUCGGAGAAAUUUUGUGUGGACGUUGACGUUGGAGAGAAGAGCAACUAUGUUAUCGAAAGGAGCACCAGCGGUGGCGACGACGUACAAUGCCUCCGGCAAAGACAUCAAUUUUGCCCUAACUCGUUCCCGAUCCAUCGGUUUCAUCUCAAACCAUAGACAAUACAACGUCUUUUUAUGCAAUUCAUCGGCGAGGAGAGUUUCUCCGUUACUGGCCGUAACAACUGGGGAGCAUUCGAACAACGUUGCUAGUUUACUUGAGGCGGAGAAGGAAAAGAGCCUGGGGAAUCAGCUCCGGCUGGGGAGCUUGACGGAGGAUGGAUUAUCGUAUAAGGAGAAGUUCGUUAUUAGGUGUUAUGAAGUUGGAAUUAACAAAACUGCUACCAUUGAAACAAUUGCCAAUCUGUUGCAGGAGGUUGGAGGUAAUCAUGCUCAGAGUGUUGGGUUUUCUACUGAUGGAUUUGCCACCACAACCACUAUGAGGAAGUUGCAUCUCAUAUGGGUUACUUUACGAAUGCAUAUUGAAGUAUACAGAUACCCUGCUUGGAGCGAUGUGAUUGAAAUUGAGACUUGGGUUCAAGGUGAUGGAAGAAUGGGGACCAGACGUGAUUGGAUCCUCAAAGACUAUUCCAAUGGUGAGAUCAUUGGAAGGGCUACAAGCAAAUGGGUGAUGAUGAAUGAGGAUACUAGAAGAAUGCAGAAAGUCAGUGAUGAUGUCAAAGAAGAAUACUUAGUUUUUUGCCCAAGGACACUCAGAUUAGCAUUUCCUGAAGAGAACAAUAACAGUCUGAAGAAAAUAGCAAAACUUGAAGAUCCUGCUGAAUAUUCAAGACUAGGACUUGUUCCAAGGAGAUCUGAUCUUGAUAUGAACAAACAUGUUAACAAUGUUACCUACAUUGGAUGGGCUCUUGAGAGCAUUCCACCAGAAAUCAUUGACACGCACGAACUGCAAGCUAUUACUUUGGAUUACAGACGUGAAUGCCAACAAGAUGACAUAGUCGAUUCACUCACUAGCUAUGAAUCAGCUGAUGAUGAACAACACCUUUCAGAAACCAAUGGAUCUGUUGUUGUUUCCUCUGAAACUCAAAGAGAUGGACAUGAAGAUUUGAGCCGAUUCUUGCAUCUAUUAAGAUCUUCGGGUACUGGUCUUGAAAUAAACAGGUGUCGCACUGAAUGGAGAAAGAAGCCGGAAAAAAGAUAAGCUUAUUUUAUAUUUAAUUUACCUUUUUACCCUCUUCCAUUCGAGUUCAAUAUCUGUCUUUUGUAUGUGAUUUUCUGGAUAUAUGUUAUUAUGUGCUCUAUCUGAUGAUCUUAUGUGUGUAGAGUGAUAUUUAUAUAUUUAUCGGUAAUCUGUUGUGGAAAAAUAAUGUUUCAGGGUAGAAAGAUUUGUGUUUUUAUCA